GGCGAUAGACGCGGUUGCCUAUCGGCCGGCGAAGCAAAAGCCAAAAGUAAAGUAAAAUAAAAGCGAAACAGCGGGCAUAAAGUGGAGUCGGAGCAAGCGAAACUGGGUUAAAACCAUGCCCACAUUCUGUAGCCCCGAUAAUCUAUAAUCUGUAGGCGAACCAUUGUCACCGUCGAGGGUGGAGAGGGGAAGGAGGAGCGUCGCCAGACGGGCUUAUAAAUUAUGGAGCUACGCGAAUUGCGCGGUGGAAAUGGAGGAAGCGGUGGUGGAGGAGGCGGAGGAGGAGGAGCAGGUGCACCUGGAACAUCUGGAGCAGCGGGAAAUGGAAGCGGCAAUGGAGCCCCGAGUCCCGAACUGGGUGGCAUUUGCAUUGGAGGCGCCGCCGGAGGACAGCGAAUGCCCACCAAAGCGGACAUAUUCAUGGAGCAACUGAACGCCACCAAUGCCAAGAAGGUGGCUCUGCUCCUGGUCCUCGGGUUCAUCGUCUACCACGGCCUGCUCAACUGGAACUACGGGAGCGACUCCUGCCAGUGGCUGCUGUCCAAGGGCCGAUUUAAGGGCGACAACGAGUGGCAGCCGUACGGGUGCAUGGUGCACAAGUACUCCCUCACUGACACAAGGCGCUGUUUGCGUUACCUCGCCUUCUUCGACAACAAGAACAACUUUGUGUUCAUUGGCGAUGAGAGUGUGCGUCUGCUGUACGAGCGAUUUGUGGAGCAACUGCGUCUCCCACUGGCCGCCGAUGAGGUGGCCGACGAGGAGGACAACAACGGCUCGGUGACGGAUGGCUCGGCGCGUUUCGAGGACAAGAAGCUGCACAUGCUGGCCCAGUACAUUCGGGCGGAGGAGGUAAGUCCGGCGCUGGUGGAGCAGCUGUACCGCCUGGAGGCCGAGAAGCAGCUGUCCUCCGUCUACGUGGUGGGCUUCACCUAUUCCGGCCUGCUGGCCGGCAACACUACAGACGAUGUGCUGCGGCAAUAUGCCGCCAAUCUCACCCUGCUGGUGGCCCCAUUUCAUCGCCUGGUGGCGCAAACAUCACGGGUGCUCUGGAAGCUAGCCGAUCGGGUGGACGAGGAGAAGCUGCCUCAGAGUUGGAAGCUGCUGCAGAACGAGCACAUCGAUCGCUUGAAUUAUGUGGCCAGAGGUGUUUUCCGGUACACGGAAGCCAGCGUCUGGGAGUCCGCCUGGCACAUAGCCAAUGGUCUGCUGGACAACGCCAUCGAUGGUCAUCAACUAUGCGCCCAUGGCCAGCGAUUGGAGGUUCAGCUGCUGUGGAACAUGUACUGUAAUGACUAUAUGAACUACAACGAUGGCACCUGCUGCAGCAGCUCCGAACCGCACACCACGCUUCAAAUUGUGGCCUAUGCCCUGUUUGGCGUCUGCAUGACCCUCGUGUGUGGGAUGUGCCUGCGCAGAUGGCUGCUCCACCUGCGGGGCCAGACUUUGUACGUGCCAUUGCAGCAGCAGCAGCAGUCUCAUGACGGCGGACGAGCACCUAGUAAUGCCUUAUCCGCUCUGAUAACCGACUAUGGCACACCCAUGGUGGCGCUAUCACUGCUGGGCCUCAUUUUGGCCUAUUUCUACCUCUGCGAUCGCACCAACUUCUUUAUGAAGGAGAACAAAUACUACUCGGAGUUCAGCUUCUGGAUACCCGUGGGCUAUGUCUUCGCCCUGGGGCUGUUCUUCACGGAGGAUUCACGAUUCACCAAGGUGCUGAAUCGCGAUCAAACGGACGAGCUGCGUGGUUGGAUACUGCUGGUGGUGCUGAUAUACUAUAUGACCGGAGCACAGCGAGUGCUGCCCAUUCACAUGCAUAUUAAGCUGCUGAUCUCCGGCUACUUUUUCCUCACCGGCUACACACACUUCACGCACAUGUGGCAGACCGGCGGCAGCGGCUCCCUGUUCGUGCGCUUCUUUCAGGCCAUGUUCCGUGCCAAUUUUCUGAGCGUGCUGUUGUGCUUCUGCAUGAACCGGCCGUAUCAGUUCUACUACUUUGUGCCGCUGCUCUCCUUCUGGCUGUGCGUUGUCUACUUUGUGCUCGCCUUGCCGCCACGGAUUUCAUCCGCCUCGGUGGACGCCAAUCCGCUGCACUAUCUGUAUUUGGUGUGCAAGUGCAUUGGUUGUCUGGGCGGCAUCACGGUGCUCUUCAUGUCGGAGGUGUUCUUCGAGCGGAUCUUCGUGACGCGACCGUGGAAGGCGCUGUUUGUGACCACAGACGAUGACCUGCACGAGUGGUGGCACCAGUGGAAGCUGGACCGGUAUACGGUGGCCUUUGGCAUGAUCUACGCGGCCUGCUUUCAUAUUGCCCAGAAGUACAAUGUGUUCGAUGACAACAACCAUGGGAAUCUGUUCUCGCGACGGACCUCCAUAUCGGUCACAUUGCUGGCCCUGCUGGGCGUCGGGGUGUACACCUCGUUCUCGUUCCUCUGCCGCAACGUUCAGAACUGCGAGGAGAUCCAUUCGUACAUUCUAUUCAUCCCGAUUGUUGGCUAUGUGGUGCUAAGGAAUAUCUCGGGCAUUCUGCGGACUCGUUACUCGGCGUUCUUCGCCUGGUUUGGACGCAUCUCACUGGAGCUGUUCGUCUGCCAGUAUCACAUCUGGCUGGCCGCCGAUCGACAUGGCGUUCUGGUCCUGCUGCCUGGCUUCCCCACGCUCAACAUGAUCAUCACGUCGUUCAUUUUUGUGUGCGCCUCGCAUGAGGUGCACCGGCUCACCCAAAUCCUGCUGCCGUAUGCGGUGCCCAACGACUGGCGUCUGGUCAUGCGCAACUUCGUCAUCUUUCUCAUCGUGCUCAUACCCGUCGCCCGGUCGGACGGCAUGUUCUGAUCCUGAGCGAUCCGCAAUCCAAUUGCCGCCCAGUUAGUGACCCCAAAGUAUUCGAUAGAUAGAGCAGCCCCUUCGUCAAUAAGCAAUAAGAGCAAACACAAGUGUUUAACUCCAGGGUGGAUCGGUUUAAUAUGCAAGCUUUAAAUGCUAAAAUCCCUUUGCCAUAUCUUAAUUCUUUCUAAAAGAUACACAUUAAUUCUGAGGACCAUAGGUCCUGUAUUUCAUGCAUUUUUGUUAAAAUUCAGACAAGACAAUAAUUAAAUUUGUUAAUGGUUAGUUCAAGUUCUAAAAUACACUAUAUUCGAUUACAGUCGAAUUCAGAUUAUUUUUCACUCCAAUCCUAUUUAUUCAUAUAUAUCUUAACAAAAUCGAACCACCCUAGUUUAUAUAGUGCGUGUCAUAGCUAUAAGAAGAAUAUUGUAGCCAAGUCUCGAAACGGAAACUUAAACUUUACUUAAAUAUAUCCGCAAUUUGCGUUUUCUGUUAAUAGAUUAAAUUCCAUUAGAUAAAUUGAUUUACACGAUUUAAUUGUAUGCAAUAUUUUUUUUAUUCUAAUAUUUAUUUGGAAAGCAAAUUAAUUGUAAUUAACGUUUCACAUUAUUGUUGACCCAACUCGAAACUUAAGUACCUUAAUUCAAUUUAAUUUGUAGGUUUAAAGCUCCCAAAUAUUCUGUACUUUUGUUUAAGAACAAACCUUGUCAACGGGAUCAUGCAAAUACUGCCUUAAAUCGAUAUUUGUUUCUAUCCCACAGAAGCUUGAGACAAAUAUCAGAAAUAAUGGCUUUAACUUAACUAUGUAAUGUUCUUAUGGUUCUGAAACGCACUGUGGGCACACACUAAACUAAAAAUGUAGAAACACAAGAUAUAUAUGUAUAUAUACAUAUUUUACUUAUGUGUAUACAACCUAGGGUUAACAUAGUUUUAAUUAAUUUGCACAAAUUACUUAAAAACUCACCCGGCCAUACACACACUCACUCACUAAAAAAACACAAGCAGCGGCAAACCAAAUGUAUGUAUAAAGCAAGUGAAUAAAGCAAUGGAUAUACACUUA